UCUCGCCCCCUCCCACGCCGGCUGCCGUAGGAACCUACCACUGCUCGCCUCCCGGGGAGGGGGAUCCCGCCGCGCAGUGGGACAGUCCGGCCCCCGCACUCGGCAGCUGCCGGAAGCGCUGAAGCUGCCCAGGCGCCGGGGUCCGUCGGAUGAUGGAGCUGUGCGCCUUUGUGGAGCGAGAGCUGGACAAAGUGCUGCACAAGUUCCUGAGCUAUGGGCAGCACUGUGAGCGGAGCCUGGAGGAGCUGCUCUGUUACGUGAGCCAACUGCGCCAGGAGCUCAGCAGCACAGCCCUGCAGGGGGCACCGCUGUCUGCCACACUCUCCCUGAUGAUGGCCCAGUGCUGUCGAAAGAUCAAGGACACGGUGCAGAAACUGGCCUCGGACCAUAAAGAUAUUCACAGCAGUGUCUCCAGGGUGGGCAAAGCCAUUGAUAGGAACUUCGAUGCCGAGCUCUGUAGCGUGGUCUCAGAUUCGGUGUGGGAGUCGCGGGAGAAGCAGCAGCAGCAGCAGAUUCUGCAGAUGGCGAUUGUGGAGCACUUGUACCAGCAGGGCAUGCUGAGCGUGGCAGAGGAGCUGUCCCAGGAGUCCACCCUGAAUGUGGACUUGGACUUCAAGCAGCCGUUCUUGGAGCUGAACCGGAUCCUGGAAGCGCUGCACAAGCAGGACCUGCGUCCAGCUCUGGACUGGGCAAUCUCAAACAGGCAGCAUCUGCUGGAGCUGAACAGCUCCCUGGAAUUCAAGCUGCAUCGUCUCCACUUCAUCCGGCUCCUGGCUGGUGGCCCUGACAAGCAACUGGAGGCCCUGAGCUACGCUCGCCACUUCCAGCCCUUUGCCCGCCUGCACCAGCGAGAGAUCCAGGUCAUGAUGGGCAGCCUGGUGUACCUGCCUCUGGGCAUUGAGAACUCCCCGUACUGCCACCUGCUGGAUGCCCGGCAUUGGACAGAGAUCUGCGAGACCUUCACCCGCGACGCCUGUGCCUUGCUGGGACUCUCGGUGGAAUCCCCUCUCAGUGUCAGCUUUGCGUCCGGAUGUGUGGCACUGCCCGUGCUGAUGAACAUCAAGGCAGUGAUUGAGCAGAGACAAUGCACAGGUGUCUGGAGCCACAAGGAUGAGCUGCCUAUUGAAAUUGAGCUGGGCAUGAAGUGCUGGUACCACUCAGUGUUUGCCUGCCCCAUCCUUCGCCAGCAGACAACUGACUCCAAUCCGCCUAUCAAACUCAUCUGCGGGCAUGUCAUCUCCCGGGACGCGCUCAACAAGCUCAUCAAUGGGGGGAAGCUGAAGUGUCCCUACUGCCCCAUGGAGCAGAACCCAGCUGAUGGGAAGCGCAUCAUCUUCUGACGCUGGUGUGGUUGGAAGGGCUGUGGCAACAGGUCACUGCUCUUCCCCUUAGGUGGCCUGUCCCACCCUCGCAGUGCGAGAGGCGGUGGUGCUGCCCACAGCAGGGCGUGGGCUGCCUCUUAGGCUGUGGGUCUGAGAGCAGCUCUGUCCACUGCAGCCCCAUUGGGGUCCCUUCCUCCUGCAGAGCUAGGGCAAAGUCCAGAGCAGUGGACCUGAGCCUGACCGCCACCUGAGAAAGGGAGCUGAAAUGGACAGAGCAGCAGUGUGACGUGCUUGCUGCGGUGAGCUCCGGGAGGCCUCAGUGUGUGCUCUCCUAGUGAUCUGGCUUACGCUGCCCUGCUCACUCUGUGCUCCCGUCCUGUCGGUCUAGCCUGCUGGGCAGCUGUCUUUCUGCUCAGUAAUAGGCAGAGCCCCUCCUGGCCUCAAACAUGGCUACGGGAGCAUUCCUAGCCCUCUGCCAGUGCAAUGGCCAUGCUGUACAGUCCCUUGUGCAUUUACUGAUAUUUUUUGCAUUGUAAAUAUUAAAGUGGGAGCUGCCUGGAGCCAUUUUAUAAAUUCCAGAAAAUAAAGCCUGUUAGUCUUUC